AAACUGCCGUUAGUGCGUCUGUGUUGCUAUGGAGAUGAAAUCGGUAAAUAAUGUCGGUUGGAACAACGACUGCAAAAUUUCUUGACACUCGUUCUUUAACCAACAACCAAAACACUGUUUUCUGUGAUUCUGACCAGCCUGAUGUGAUCCUAGCUAGACAUUUCUGGCUAUCUGUUAAGUUACAGCCUUACAUAGAGUCUUGCCUUGUGUCUAAUGAUAUUAAACAGCGACUAGUCACAACAGAGUCGAGAGAACAUCAGCUGAAACGGCGACAUACUGAUUCAGAUCUGCUGGAGGAGCAACAACAGGCUGAUGGUUCCCAGUUAUCCAUAGCAGCUAACUUUUUCUCACCUACAAGUCAAAUCCUUAUGCUCUCCUAUGCCAUUGACUAUUUACCAAAAUAUCAAGUUUUUCCUGAAAAACAGAAACAUAAAAAAGGAAAAAGUCAUCAAAUUUUGCCUGAACACUCUGUAUAUGUAUGUACAAAUGCAUAUUUUAAUGAAAGAAUUAAAGCAUUGGAAAAUCUAAACCAAGAGAAAUUUCUGGAAGAGUUUAAUGAACGGAAGAAGAAGCAGAGGGAGAGAUUUCUUGCGCAGAAAUGUCAGCGGUUAGAUUUACAAAAAAAAUGUGGUCAGACAUUUUGUCUGAAGAAAUUGAAGUCACAUGAGAAUGAAGGCAAAUCAAUAGAGAAAAAGGAGACAAAUAUUUCUCAAGACUUCCGAAGAAAUAUUAAUGAAUUUGAGAAGAAGCAGCUCUUUCACAGGGGUGUUUAUUCUUUUAAGAUGUCAAAUCUUAUUAACUACCAUUAUUCCUUUAACCGAAAAAUAGCUGAAAAAGAGUUUCAUAAGCUGGAAAAACGUAGCAUGUCCCACUCAUAGAAGAAGCAGCAACAACAACAACAACAACAAGAACACUCACAGAAGCAACAACAGCAUAACAGCAGCAGCAGUAGCAGCAGCAGCAGUAGCAGCAGCAGGUCUAUGUCCUCUUUAAAUCCUUGAAUCUGCUGGUGCCUGUUUCUUCAUCGUUGUCUCUGUCAAUACACCGACAAUAUAUUUUUAAUCAAUGAUUCUAUGGAUUAAAAAUGCUAAAUAAAGAGGCUGUAAUAAUA